CAGCAUAUGUCAUCUUAAAAACUGGCCGCAACAGAUUUACUUGGAAAUCAAGCCAUUAGUUGUAUUGUUUGGUGAAAAAUUUUUGUUAAGAAAUGAUCCCAAAUCGCGAAUAUUGUAUUACAAUACACCAGACACCGGCGAAGAUGGGCGAAUAUGUGAAACAUGCAAUAUAUACCAUCCUUUGCCAACGGAAUUACCAUCCGCCCAAUGGUUACGAAUGUGGAGAGUUCGAAGGCAUCUCGCUGCUGGUACCGUGCGAUAACGAUUUUAAAACCUACAUUGGCAAAAUCAUCGCAGUGGUACAAGAUAGUAUUGACAAGAAUACCACUGAAGGUAUAAUCAUGCACAUAUAUUGGAAUACCAGCCGCUUAGAGUCCUGGCGUAUCAAUUUUGAUCUGAAGCACGAUGAAGAAGAAUCCGUAUUGUCCGAUUUUAAGGACAUGAUACAGAAAAUAGUCGAAAUGGCUAGCAACAUUAUUUUGCUUCCUUACGGUUGCGAAAUGCAGAUAAAUUUCGAGGAAUGUUACAAGGAAUAGAAUCGUCCAAGAAGAAAGGUGUUGGCCGAACGAUCGAACUGAUUCUUGUCAGCAUAAUACUGUUACGCCUUCAAUAUGCAUUAUACAUUAAAACCAAUAAGUUCUCUGAGACAUGAUUUGGUAUGUGACAAAUAAUAAAAAAACUGUUCUGAAAUGAUAUUAGAUGUGUAAUUUGUAUUACGACUUACAUUUAGUUCUACUGCAUUAGUCGGUAACACAUU